AUGUUAAGAUUCUUCCUCUAUAUUUUCUAUACACGUUCUCUAUACUAUACUUUCUCUAUAUUUUCUAUACACAUUCUUUAUACUUUCUCUGUUAAGAUACUUUCUCUAUAUUUUAUACUUUCUCUAUACUUUAUACAUUCUCUAUACUUUCUUUAUACUUUCUCUGUUAAGAUACUUUCUCUAUACUUUCUAUACACAUUUUUUAUACUUUCCCUUUUCUCUGUUAAGAUACUUUCUCUAUACUUUCUAUACACAUUUUUUAUACUUUCUCUGUUAAGAUACUUUCUCUAUAUUUUAUACUUUCUCUAUACUUUAUACAUUCUCUAUACUUUCUUUAUACUUUCUCUGUUAAGAUACUUUCUCUAUACUUUCUAUACACAUUUUCUCUAUACUUUUCUAUACUUUCUAUACACAUUUUUAUACUUUCUCUUUAUACUUUCUCUAUACUUUAUACAUUCUCUAUACUUUCUUUACACUUUCUCUGUUAAGAUACUUUCUCUAUACUUUCUAUCAUUUUUAUACUUUCUCUUUAUACUUUCUCUAUACUUUUCUGUUAAGAUACUUUCUCUAUACUUUCUAUACACAUUCUUUAUACUUUUUCUGUUAAAAUACUUUCUCUAUACUUUAUAUUUUCACUAUACUUUCUCUAUACUUUCUUCCCACUUUCUCUAUGUUGAGUUAAUUUCUCCCCACUUUCUCUAUACAUUCUCCCCUCUUUCUCUCUACUUUUUCUAUGUUAAGGUACAUUCCUAA